UGGGCGGGGUAAAGGAUCCUUCAGAGACAGCGACGAGUGGUCGGAACCUUCUUUCCCCUCCUUCUCCUUCCCCUUCCCCUUCCCCUCCCGGGAAAGGCUGGGAACCGGCACCGGGACUAUCCUGUGGCCGCUGCGGCCUCAACUCCUGGCAGGCCCGGGUACAGAGAGCCCAGACUGCGUCCAGGGUGAGUGCUCCUGAUUGUGACAUCUGAUUGUGACAUUACAUCCAUCCGUUGGUGAUGGAGUUUGUCACUAGGAAGGAAGACUCAAUUGGAGAAUAGCCAACAAGAUGGGUUACUUGGAGCAUCUCCUGAGUGGUACUGAGUGGAGGCAUCAGGGGGUUGGAGCCUUGUGAACAGGGAACCUGCCCCCCAACACUUGAAAGGAUCUGGGUUUCAGUGAUGAGACAUGGGGUAUGAUGUAACCCGUUUCCAGGGGGAUGUUGACGAAGAUCUUAUCUGCCCUAUUUGCAGUGGAGUCUUGGAGGAGCCAGUACAGGCACCUCACUGUGAGCAUGCUUUCUGCAACGCCUGCAUCACCCAAUGGUUCUCUCAGCAGCAGACGUGUCCAGUGGACCGUAGCGUUGUGACAGUUGCCCACCUGCGCCCAGUACCUCGGAUCAUGCGGAACAUGUUGUCAAAGCUGCAGAUUGCCUGUGACAACGCUGUGUUUGGCUGUAGUGCUGUUGUCCGUCUUGACAACCUCAUGUCUCACCUCAGUGACUGUGAGCACAACCCAAAGCGGCCUGUGACCUGUGAACAGGGCUGCGGCCUGGAGAUGCCCAAAGAUGAGCUGCCAAACCACAACUGCAUUAAGCACCUGCGCUCYGUGGUACAGCAGCAGCAGACACGUAUUGCAGAGCUGGAGAAGACGUCAGCUGAACAUAAACACCAGCUGGCAGAACAGAAGAGAGACAUCCAGCUGUUAAAGGCAUACAUGCGUGCAAUCCGCAGUGUCAACCCCAACCUUCAGAACCUGGAGGAGACGAUUGAAUACAACGAGAUCCUAGAGUGGGUGAACUCCCUGCAGCCGGCCAGAGUGACCCGCUGGGGAGGGAUGAUCUCGACCCCAGAUGCUGUGCUCCAGGCUGUAAUCAAGCGCUCCCUGGUGGAGAGUGGCUGCCCUGCCUCUAUUGUCAACGAGCUGAUUGAAAAUGCCCACGAACGCAGCUGGCCCCAGGGUCUGGCCACACUAGAGACAAGACAGAUGAACCGGCGCUACUAUGAGAACUACGUGGCCAAGCGCAUCCCUGGCAAGCAGGCUGUUGUUGUGAUGGCCUGUGAAAAUCAGCAUAUGGGUGAUGACAUGGUGCAGGAGCCAGGGCUUGUCAUGAUAUUUGCUCAUGGCGUGGAGGAGAUAUAGGAGAGUUCGACCAGCUAUGAGGAAGAGAUGGAAAUCGGGAAAACCCCAUCACUCCAGCAGCUGGUUCUUGAGUCGUCCUCCCCACUCUCCUUAAUGCCUCGGCUUACACUUGAGCCACACAUCUCCCUGCUGUUCUGGCACUGAAGGGCCCUGGAGCACUUUGCUCMGCCUUUCAGGGGAGAAACCCAGAUUCCUGCCUUUUGCCAUAUUUCUUCCCCUAAAAUGUCUGUUAAUUCUCAGCAUGGGUGGGAAAGUCCCCACCUAUGUAUUUUCCUGCCUAGGGUCCCUGGUUCCAGGUAUUUUCAGAAAGCACAAAGAGAUUUAUUUUCCCUAGAGRAUCAGGCUGGAAUGAGGAAUUGCUAAUCAUCCCUGUACUCUAAAACCAGGGAAUCAGAGCAGGCUGGCCUGUUGAUUCUAAGCAGCAUUUAUAGGGCAGCUCUGAGGAACAGACAUCUAGAAGAAAAGGUAAGGGUGGAUCUAAAACCCUAGAAGUAAAUAAGCCAGUAAUUGGCUGUCACUGAUAGCCCUUAGGGGAAGACUGGACCUCUGUGCCAAGCACAUCCCUGUUCAGCCCACCUUAAAGGUGCAGGCUCCUGCUGGGUCUGCAGGUGCACAGGUUGGAGUGCUGGAAAUUUCCAGAUGAGCUCUGUUUUCCACUUUUUCAUAAUUAGGGAAUGACAGGGUUUGGGGUAGGGGUUUGACUGUUGAGGUUCAUAUGCUCAGCAAGAAGCUGYUCUCUGGCUUUUGCUGAAGUCAGGUAGAUACUGCCUCUUGUGUCAUGCCCAUAAUAGUUCCAUACACCCCUYUCUAGACCUGUGAUUGUAGUUAGUUAUUUUGAUAAAUUUCCUUUGGCUGUUGUUUGUUUAUAUUUCACAAAUCACAUCUGUCCCCCUCCCCCCCUUUUUUUUUUUAAAAAGAAUGGCCUGGUUAUGACUACCCCACUUGCUAGUCCAGCCACAUUGUUGGCAAUUUAAUUUAUUUACUUUUUUUUUUUUAAGAAAGGAAAAAAGAAAAAAUAUCAACAAAACUU